AUUUAUAUUUGAUUAAAAUUGAUUCUGCGCCUUGUCAACACUUUACACUGAGUAGAGCUGUCGGCCGCCCCAAGAUGGCGCCCCCAAAUCUCGUCAGCGCACAUAGGCGAAAGCGGUUAUGCGGGGUCUACUCUGUCUAUCGUCGCGGGAGUUGAGAAGAAGAAGACGGCAACGUCAUGACGCAAUGAAGGGGCGACGAGUGCUCGGAUUGUUUCUUCAAAUCGUGGCCAGACGGAACCCAGGUUGAUAUUUUUUUUACAGGCAAGGUGGCGUUUAACGACGUCUAUUUUGAACUCGUGCUCUGCUUUUUCGCGCUUGUUGCAAACGUUUGUUUCCCUGAAUCCGGAGUCGCGGCUCCUUCUCGUCCAUACGCUCUCUUACUUCCCUCUGAAAAUGUCGGAAAUUGGCGCUUUGUGUUUUGUCUGCGGCUAGCCCACUCGGCUAGCUGUAGGGAAACGGGGGAAACUUGUGCAAAACUUUGUGAAAUGUGACACCACAGUUCAAGUAUUAGUUCGCCCGUGAUUUCUAGGGCGCAAUAGACGCGGACCUGCUUCGUUCGUCCGACGCGCCGUGUGUGCUAAUCUUGAUUACGGUGGUAGUGUUAAUUACUGUCUUUACAGCAAUUGUUAGUUUCUGCCGUCACUGAUUGGGAUGCUAGGCACUAGCGAGUGGGCUUGAGAGGAAACCGACAACAACAACAUCAUCCUCGGAUGGACACCUCGGUCAUGCUGUGAACCCGAGCGGCCGUUUCCUCCUGCCCCGCGCCUCUCUCCUAUCUAAAUUAUUUUGCCCGAUGACACGCGGAGGACAGCGUAAGAUGUAAAAGGAGAAGCCAACUAUCUGUAAGCCAGCAAGCGGCAAAGGGAGGCGAGGACAGCAGUGCUGAGAGAGAGCGGGGGCAUUGGGGAUGGGGUUAAAGAGCCAAAGGCGGACGUCAUGGUUCACAGCAACUCUAACUCCCCAAUGACAACACCGUCUACCUCGCUUCACCGGACUGUUUGUUCUAAAGCACCUCUUUUGGUGUCGUGUCCCAGAGGUGCUGCGGAACAGGACCUAAACCGGACCUCCGCAGACCCGACUUCCCAUUCCGAGUCCACGCAGACUCCUUCUCAGACUCCCGCUGACGCCCCUCGCCAUGUUGCAAAAGGAUCCGGCGCUAAAUCGAGCUCCGCACCCAGCAGGCCCCACACACCGGCACCAACCUCCACUCAGGACCAACUCAACGGCCGUCGGUCAGGCAGGAAAAGGACGCCUAAGGCCUGCGAUUGCUGCGGCCCCAACAGCAGGGGGCACAAUGUUGAAAGCUCGGGCAGAAGUAAGGGAAAGGCUCGAGGGAGGGGAGCAGGCGGAGACCUCGCGGACACCCCUCAAAGAAAGCCACCCAAGCUGACGGCUAUCAGGAACUUUAAGUUGACUGUGGAAAAUGUACAGGAAUCAGAAGAUGAGGGUAACGGGUUGGGGAAUUUUCAAACCUCAGGACCUCUGGCUGAGCCGCCGUCACGAAGUCCUGCCACUAAACCGGUUCCAGCCGUUACACGGGAUGGACCAAAAAGGAACUGUGCUCCUCAAACCAACAGGGCGGCACAGACGAAAGAGGACAUCUCGACGGCGCCGUCAGAGGUGACUGUAGCAGGAGAGAAGGGAGGUGUGGAUGAACGGGCGGUGGACCCACCGGCUUUGGGACCAGCGGGCAGAGGAGCAAAAGUGGUCAGAGGUCGAGGCAGGGGAGCCGCGACGGGCCGAGGCCGAGGCAAAACGAAAAUGGAAGGCGUUCAAGCAACAAGCAAAGAUAAAGGUCACGUCACAAGUUCGAGAAAGGGGGCCCUAGCUGAGCCGGUGUUGGAAGAAGAACCGGAGAGAACGCAGGACGUGCAUUCGGACCACGAAAACCAGAAAAACUCAGCGUCGGACAAACGCGCUGUUGGGAACGGAGAACUGGUGCAGCUGUCGGACUCGGAGGACGAGAUGGAGGAAGACAGCAUCAUUGUGACAGAACUUGCAGAUGGGGUGCUGACCAUCCCACGGAAAUCUGCGAGACUAGACACCUUUGAAGACCUGGACUCCGAGAUGCAGGUGGACCAAGUGCACGACGGGGCGGAUCACGUUUCUCUACUAGUACCACUGCCUAACGGGAACGUCGCCUCGCCACGAAACCACCAUCAAGGGUCCUCCCCUGUGGGGGCGAAAACUUCCCGCUCUGCUCCACUCGCCCCUUUAGAGCCCAUAACUGUUAGCACGGAGGACUCCUGGGCGUUAAAAGACCACAGACUGUACUGCCAUCCUUGUUCGUGGGCAAAAGAUGAAAUGUCGAUGGAAGAUCCGGCAGAAGACACCGCGAUGGACGCCGACACACAGAAUCAAGAGAACCUGGAGCAGCUUAAAUAUACCAUCCAAGAAUUUCUGGAGAGCUUCUAUAUAAAAUAUGGGAGCUUCAUUCCUCUCACUGAAUCUGACGUCCUGGAACACCUGAAAAAGAAUGGCAACUGUGACGUCAGCAGCAGUGAAGUGGACAUUAAAGGGGAGAUGACUCGGUACAGGGCCGGCCUGGCAUCUGCUCCCGUCGCCGGCUUCAUGGUCACCUAUAAUAAACAUAAUCUGAGGCUGGAGGACCUUGGCACCCUGGAGGAUCAGAACUGGCUUAAUGAUCAGAUUAUAAACAUGUAUGGAGAGCUCAUUAUGGAUGUAGCAGAGCAGAAGGUUCAUUUUUUCAACAGCUUUUUCUACAAGAAGCUUGUUGCCAAAGGUUAUGACGGUGUGAAGAGAUGGACCAAAAAGGUUGAUUUGUUCUCCAAAUGGUUGUUGUUGAUUCCCAUCCAUUUAGAAAUCCACUGGUCUCUCAUCGCAGUCACAAUGGCAACCAAAACCAUCAGCUACUACGACAGCCAAGGCAUCGUCUUCAGACACACCACCAAUAACAUAAUGAAGUAUCUUCAGGCUGAAGCCAGAGAGAAAAAACAGGCUGCUUUCCAGAAGGGCUGGAAGAUCGCCAUCAUCAAGGGAAUCCCACAGCAAAAAAAUGACAGCGACUGUGGUGUUUUUGUCCUUGAGUACUGCCGUCGACUCUCGGUGAAGCAGCCGCUGCUCUUCAGCCAGAACGACAUGCCUCAGAUUCGAAAGAGGAUCUACAAGGAGCUCUGCGACUGUCGUUUCAACGAUUAAGCGGCCGCCGUCGUCGCCCGCAGUGCGCCCGCCCGGUCACACGGGGCCGUCUGUCCGGUUCUUUCACGCGUCGUUUUGACUUGCUGUCGGCCUACGGAGGCGAACGCAGCCUGGCCGUCUGUAUCUUCAGGGAGUCGUACUGCCAUCUGCUUCUGUGAUUGACAAGCAGGGGCAGUUUUUGCUGACUUCUGGUGACUUUGGGAGGUCAAAAGUCGGUCUGUACUUAAGCUGUUUUUUUUUUUUUUUCUUCUUCUUCUUCUUCUGCAAACUUAUGAAGACCUACUGAAGUGGCCCCCUACUGACCUUUGGAAAAAGCCUGAAGUCUCAGUCUGUCUGAUGUGCUGUUUCAGGACUUUGCACACCAAGUUCAUUCUGCUUCUUACAUUUUAGCGCUCCGAGAGGAUUUUUAUGGCCCAACGAGAUCCGAACAAAGCACUGGCUCUGACUGAAGCAACCGUUACACCGACCCGAGCAGUUAGAUGGACCUUUCAUCCUGAAACGGAGUGGCCUUGCCUCCCAGAAAUACAUUUUGAACAAAAUUUAACAAUUCCUUUUGUGCUGGACUUGACAGCUCUACUCAGUAAAAAGAAAACAAAAGCAUUAUUUUAUAGCACAUUUUAAAGUCUAGCAUUUGCGAUACAGUAGAAAAGCUGUUCGCCAAAAAACGUGAAGGCUUUAGAGUUAAUGUUUGUUUUUGUGGACUUUAAAUUGCACCGAUGCAGGCCUGUUGAUUUAAGUUUGGGAUAGAAGCUGUUCCCAUCAUGUUCUCGUUAUUCCAUCACACAGGAAAAAAGAAAAUUCAAAACUGGGAUCACAUCUUUGUUUGGUUUUACAGCAGUCCACUUCCUAAUAAUAUUCCAGUUUUGUGAGCAUAUUACUUAGGUUUUUUUUUUUUCUUUUGCCGUCACCAUAUAUUUAUAUCAUGUUUUAAAUAUUUUUCAGCAUUUAAGUUAUGCACGUUUUACAGGUUUUAUGUUUUUUUUUUUUUUCAGGCAGGUUUGCGAAUCGUUAAAGCUGUACAUCUGGCUGCUGAUUUAAAGACUCCAGCCUUUAUAAUAACUUCCAUAUGGAUGCAUGGUCACACAGCUGUGGAAAGCAAUGAUUCCAGCAGAAAAGGUGGACCUCAGCUACGUCGGUUAAAUGCUAUUAAUAAAGCGACUUUUCUGAUCAGAAGGAUUCAUCCAUUUAUCAGGGCAUGAUUUUUAGAUGAGGUUUUGGCUUUUGCUGCAUUUUAGUUAUUCUUUGUCCUGUCUGGAAUGGCCAUAAAACAUUUCUAAAAACAGAUUUUGGUGCACACGUCUGAAUUCAUAGCAGAUUUUUACCACUGCAUUAUGGGUCAGGUAUUCAUCCUGACUCAAAUAUAAACACACUGAUUUGGUUAAAUGUAGGCAUCACCAAGUUGGUCAGCAGCUUCACAGCCUAUGGUGAAAAAAUGUGGGGAAAAAUGUGUUCCAGUGUUACUGCAAGCAAGGGACGCGUUUCAAAAAUGGAAUUUUAACAUUUUGAUUUUCAGUUUUGCUCUUUGGUACUGUUCUGGAUUUUUAUUUUUUAUUUUUCCAGAUUUUAUUUUUUCAUUUAUUUUUUUUAUUUGGAGACAGUUUUACAAAUUGCAUUCAAAUCACUUUUUUUUUUUUUAUUAAAUUCUCUCUACACUUCUAUGGGUGGGGCGUCCUCUGAAUGCUGUUACUUGGGUUUACACAAACCAAUAGAAAUCUGUCUUCGCCCCACCCUUCAGAUGAAGCUCCGCCCCCAGAAGUGUAGCGAAUUAAAAGUUACUCUCUAAACCUGUUUUUUUUUUUUUUAUGAUUGAGAAGUUCCAUUUUUUUAAACGUGUUCUUUGCUUACAAUAUUGAAACAAAUUUCUCUCCUUGGUUAUACUAACAAUUUGUUGCCUAAAAGCCAGACCUGUACCCAAAAAAACAAUCCAUUUAACUAAACCCUACCAACCUUCAGAUUCGUCCCAGAAGCUUGUUGAUGACAACAAAAGCUUGUGGUUGUGGUGUGAGCUGCUAAGGACAUCUUGACCAAACAGUUUUUGUGUAUAUAUACAUUUCAAGUUGUCCAUUCAUUGAAGAUGAACAUUAAACGAAAGAAAAAUGGUUGUAAGGCCACAAUUAAUUUGAAAUUCAUGCCCUACAUUUGUUCAUUUUAACUUCUCACAAGAACUGUGUUUGAAGCUUCAAGUCGUACCUUGGCUGGCCUACGGCAGUGUUUGCUUGCUUCGGCUAAAAACUACAAUGGUUUUUUUUGUUUUGUUGUUUUUUUUCCCCCCCUCGGUUGUUUUUUAUAGUUGUCAUUAAAAGUCCAAUUAUGCUGGACCAUUUGUUGCAUCUUUUCUCGUCGUUCUGAACAGCCUGUGGUCAUUUGGAAAACCUGAACGUUAAAAAA